AUGUCAUGUGACAACAAUCCUACAAAUACUUUUGUUGGUUAUUCAACAAGAUCAACAUUAUUACUGAAUUCAUUCAAUUUUAAUAAAAAUCAUUUUAAAAAACAAACAUUUAAUAUUGAAUUAUGUCAUCAUUUAACAUUGAAUACAUUAUCACAUUAUUUAAAUAUUCAAUUAUUAUCUAUUACAGAAAUAUAUAAAUAUAUACCAAAAAUAAGUAUUAUCAUUAUUGCAUAUAAUGAAAAUCCAAUUAUUAUAAAAAAUACAUUACAAAGUAUAUUAAUGAAUACAACAUUAUUAUUAUUCAAUAAUAAUAUAAAAGAAAUUAUAUUAAUUGAUGAUUAUAGUAAUCCACCUAUAGAUGAUGAACAAAUUAGAACAUUAAACAAAAUUAUACGUGUAAUACGAAAUGAAAAUCGAGUGGGUUUAAUUAAAUCACGUAUGAAUGGUGCACGGAAUGCUACUGGUGAGAUACUAGUAUUUCUUGAUGCUCAUGUUGAAACAUUGGAAUAUUGGUUAGAACCGUUAGUUGUCCAAUUGAUAAGCUUAAGAAAACAACACCAACAAGAAAACCAUGGACAACCAAAUCUACCGAGUCAACAGGAUGAGAAAAGAACUUCAAAAUUACCAUAUGAUGUAAGACAUUUUAUUGUCAGUCCACUUAUCCUGUCAACAAUAGACAAAUCAGAUUAUGAUAAUAUUGAAGAUAAUUUAUAUUUAGGAGGUUUCACAUGGGAUUUAAUAUUUCGAUGGCAUCAUAUUAAUGAAAAUGUUACACCAUUAUCAAUCAAGUUUAAUAAAACUGAUGCAUAUCAUUUAAUUUAUCCAAUUAAAACACCAGCAUUAGCUGGUGGUUUAUUUGCUGUAUGGAAAGAUGAUUUUUUUAAUUAUGGUGGAUAUGAUGAAGAAAUGAAUAUAUGGGGUGGUGAAAAUAUUGAAUUAUCACUUAGAACAUGGAUGUGUCAUGGACAAAUUGAAAUCAUUCCAUGUAGUCGUGUUGGUCAUAUAUUUCAUAAUGAACAUCCAUAUACAUUUCCUUCGGGUAAAGAAUUUACUAUUCUACGUAAUCAUAAACGUACUGUAUUAGUUUGGUUUCAACAUGAUACUAAUUUAACAUUAGCUAGAAAAUAUCUUUCUUAUUAUUAUACAGUAUCACCAAUGUCCAAAAUAAUACCAGCUGGUGAUUUAAAAUCACGUAGAACUAUUCCUAAUUCAUUAAAUUGUCAUACAUUCACAUGGUAUUUAGAGAAUAUUUAUCCUUUACUUAAAGAAGAAGCUAAAAAUAUUGAAAUCAAUGAUGAUACUUAUUAUUUAACUGCUUUCGAUAGUUUAUAACUAACAGUCUUAUAUAGUAAUUUAAUUAUUAAUUGUAGAGUUUUUGUUGUUGAAAAGAUAAUACAAUGAAUAUAUCUCAGUGGAGAUCCAUUCAAAAGUGAAAACUUCAAUUCUUAUUUCAAUUAGUUUAAUUAUCAAUAGAUGUUUUUGUUUUCAGUGCGAAAUUUGUUUAUCUACUUUUUUUAUAUAACUGUAUAAAUAGAUAUUCAAUAUAAAGUGUAUAUUUUGUAUGA